AUUUUGUUGGUAACAUUGUGUCAAUCGACUGAUAUGUCAGACUUUUGCAACAAAGAUGUUAUCAAAUUGGAUGUCAAAUCUGCCUUUAAAUUAGAUCAAUGGUUAGGAAUAUUUGGUGAAAUUGAGGUGACUGGCGGUCAAAAAUCCAAAGAAGCAUUUCGUGUGCUUUAUAAUGAAAGAGGAGAUCCCAGUGAAAGUCAAAGUACCGAACAUUACUACUUUGACGCCAAAUUGUGGCCAGAAAUGAGAGAUCAGGCUUUGGACGACAAAUCCAAGAGUUGGAACAUUUCGUAUGCCUUCUCAACCAUUAAUCUAAGAGUCUUUGUUCUGCCGGUGCAAAGUAGUUCACACGUGGCAUACUUGACCUCAAGUGAAACAGACAUUAUCUAUGCCUAUGAUAUUGAUAUACACAGUCCACUGAACAAUGGUGGCGAUCUUAAAGAUCCAACAUUUAAGAUAAGAAACAAAUUGAUGGUUUACGACCCAAACAAUGGCGAAGACCACUCAAGAAAGUUGACACUUAAGGUUUUGUUACUUCACUUUCCAAGUAUUGUCAAAGUAUUAGAUGUCAUGAUAUUUGAUCACAGAAACAAAAACGGGAGUUUGGCUUUUCAUGCAUUGGUCUAUACCGAGGAGAUCUUCGAUAACGUUCACUACUAUGUGAGACACUUCAUGCGAUCCGACCCUAAAUCUUACACCGAUUACGAGAAUCGCAAAUUUCACAGACUUUACUGGACUUUUGAUGAGAAAAACGAUUAUUGUAUGACUUUGGACCACAAAGUCACAGGAGUGACAUAUUUGCGAACAGAACAGACCUUUCAGGGAUUUGCAGAAUCAAAUGCCUACAACUAUCAGGACUAUGACUUUAACGUCUAUUUUAUUGAAUUUUUGGGGAUAAAACAUCGGAUUAUGAAACUUCAAUUUGAUGCCAAAUCUAAUACAUACCAAACAUUUACUGUAAAAGACAACAUCGACAACAAAUGGCUGCUUCAUUGCAAACCCCAUCCCGACUAUAAGUCUGUUCCGCUAAUUAAAUGUGACGAUUAUAUCAAUGAUAAUGUCGAUCAAAUUGGCAAUUAUGAUUUGAUAGACAAUGGAGGAGAAAGUGAAUCGGGAUCAGGACCUAAUGGUUCCGGUGCUUGGUUAUGGGUAGUAAUAAUGAUAUUAAUUAUAUUAAUAUUUCUUUUGGUUGGAUAUUUGGUAUUCAUGUUGGCUUCAGCUAACAGUCCCAACAAAAGUCAAACAAAAAGUUCAGAAAAAAGUUCUUCUAAACCAUAA